GAAGUUUUGAAAUCAAAAUGGAGGAAUAACAGGAGUGGUAUUUUAAAGUUGAAACAAAAAGUAAAACAAAAACUACAGUCGGUUAAAUAUUUUGUAGUCAAAAUUGUGUAAAGUUGUUUUUGUGUCAAUAUGUCAGACGUUGAUAUACUUAUGGAGAUGGGCUUUCCCAAGAAUAGAGCGUAAGAAUCAUAUUAAUUAUUAAAAUUAAUAAAAAAUAUUAACUGUUUAAUUUAUAGGGUAGACAAAUAUGACCAUGAAGUAUGUGAGAGAAUAUCGUGUUUUUACACAUAUUAAAAUGCUAAAGUUCACAAACAGAACAGACUUCAUCGGGCCAAGCCAAUUACUGAGUGUAGAAAUGUAUUGCCUCAAUCGUCCCUAGGUGCUGUUGAACAGGUUUAUAUGAAGUAUUCUGGUGGCAUUUAUAUAGCACCUGAGGACGAGGUAGCUAAGUGUACACCUCCCAAGCAGGGGGGGGGGGGGUGAGACUGCCCAGGAAGUUAACAAAGGAAUGGGCAUCUCCUAAUGAGUAAAAAAUUAUUGUAUCAAAUGGAUCCUCAUCACAACCCAAAGCAUUAACAUAACUGUAAAGCUUUCAGUGACAUAAAUGACACAAAGGAGGCAAUGAGGUCACUUGCAAAGUUUGCUAGAAAAUUUGUAGGUUUUAGAGCUGUUUUAUAGAAGGGAAUAUGUAUUGAAUCAUUUAGUGAGAAAGCUUUGGCAGCCACAAAACAUAAAGGAGUUCAGCUUGCUAUGGACUGGUGAGGAAAAUAUAAAACUGCAUUAUUUUUGCCGUUAAAUGAGCUCAAACUUGUUAACAAACUAAUGAAUGUUCUUCAGGUUGUUUGCACACGCAGAUGAUGCUGAUAUUGACGAACCAUUGAAACCUGACGAAGGACAUACGCUCGGAGCAGAAGAUAAAAUACCUGGUAUACUAUCACAUGUGGAUAUUGGGCACCCAUGCACUCGAUAUAACUCAUUAUAUAGAAGCAUUUUGUUGACAGAAAUUCCAAGUGUGAAUUUUAUACGUUUAUUACUCCUAACCAGGGGCAGUUGUGACAAAUACAACUAUAUGGGGGGGGGGGGGGCUCCCUUCUAGUGACUCCCCUCUCCCCUGCUGACAAUCCUUAGAUCUGCUAAAUCACUACAUAUCACUAUUAAUUAAUAAACGUUUUCUUUUAUCAAAACAGUUGAAAAUCUUGAUGUGGAUAAUGAUGAUAAUGUUGUUGGCAGUGUGGAGCAAUCUGAAGGACAGCCUCAAGCUUUGUCCUUGAAAUGUGAAGAGUAGGUAUUUCUUAUACACCCCUUGUAUAGAAACCUCUUGUAGUUAUUGGCAUGCACUUUACAUAUAACAGCGCUAAUUCAUUUCAAGACUCAAGUACUGCUUCAUUUGUUGUGAGCUCAUGAUUUUAAGGUUGACUACAAUGGGUCUAUUCCUACUUGCAAGUCUACUAAAAAGUUCUUUAUUUUUAAAUGUAAUUUCUCUAUUUUCAGUUGUGGAAAGUCACUAAGAAGUGAGGCCCAAGUGCAAGUAUGUCAAAAGAUAUGUAACAAGAAUAAAAAGCACUGUCCUGAUUGGUGUUUAAUUAAUUAAACUACACACGUAAAAAUGUGCAAGUUGCUACCGAUUUGUGACAAACCUGCAGUAGACUUGUAGCAAUCUGUUCCAACAACUUGUCAACAGGAUGUGUUCGCACUGCUUGUUCCCAGCUUGUUGACAACUUGCUACAAGGUUGUUGAGCUCAACAGACCUGUUACAAGUUGUUCUAAGUUAUCGUCCUGCAAUUCAACAAUUUGUCAACAAGUUGUGAGUGACAACCUUGUAGCAACUUGAUAAAAUAACAACAUUGUUACAACUUGUUGACAAGCUUGCUACAAACCUGUUGCGAACACAUCUUGUUGACAAGUUGUGAGAUUUUUACGUGUGUAGUUCGGUCACAAACCACAGUCUAUACUUGACGUUUAAGUUUUAGAUGUUUUAAUAACGAUUUGCUUUGAUGUUCAGAUGCAUGCGGCAAGGACAGGUCAUCAAAAUUUUGCAGAAUCAACGGAAGAGGUUAAACCAUUGACGGAGGAUGAGAAAAAAGCGCAAUUAGACAAGUAGGAGGGGUUUUGUUAAUGGAAAUUGAAUUUUUGUACAUUUAUUAAUUUGGCCUAACCAGGGGCAGUUGUUUUUCGUACAUUGAAUCAUAUAUCUACUUUGGUAUUCAUUUUGUAGGUUGCAAACAAAAAUUGUUCAACGACGUCAAGAACGGGCGGAAAAGGAGAAACAGGUCCAGAAAUAUAGUGUUUUUAAAAAGUCGCGAAUGAGUAGAAUACUGGUUUUGUUUUUUCCCAAGACAGAGAAGUAAAUACUGUCAUGGAAUUGAAAUAACAAUACACUGAUUUGGGAAACAGGACGCGAACUGAAAGCCUUCGAAACAAAAGCCGUGUUUACACUACGAGCCUAAGCCUGGCCUAGCUUUGGACUAGAUUUUUGUUGUGUAAACGCACUUCGGUCUGGCCUAGACCAGGAAAUCUGGGUCCAUCAGAACAGGUGGCCCAGAUUUUCUGGCCUAGGCCAGGCCGAAGUGCGUUUACACUACAAAAAUCUAGUCCAGAGGUAGGCCCAGGCCAGGCUUAGGUUCGUAGUGUAAACACGGCUAAAGAAACUCUUAAAAAACAAAAACUUUAAAUAAUUUGUGGUCCGAGGGGUAUCCUCAACAACGUUGUCAUUUUUAAACUAAGAUUUCGACGUCUUUGGAACAACUUGAGUGCUUGUGGCGACGGUAGAGGAGUUAAAUAAAAUCUGCCUCAUAGCCGACACCGAAUUGACUUUCGAACUUAGCCGUACAGUAAACAAGUUCGUUAGCCCUCAAUCUUGACCCGAAAUAGACCUUUCCCCUUAUGAGUGAAAUUUUGAUCUGGACAAGUGUAGACAAAAAUUUCAUCACAGCUUGAAAAAGCAUCACCAAAUUAGUAAUAUUCCGAAGUUUCGUUGCGAAAUGUUGUAAAAUGCGGAUAAUAUAGCCUUGCGAAGUUUGCCGUUUUUCAGUCAUUUUGUAUUACAAAUGGGAAAUUGGUAAUCAGUUUGAUCAUCUGAUUAUCAAUUUCCCGUGCGUAAUGCAAAAUGACUUAAAAACGGCAAACUUCGCAAGGCUAUAUUAUCCGCAUUUUACAACAUUUCGCAACGAAACUUCGGAAUAUUACUAAUUUUGUGAUGCUCUUUCAAGCUGUGAUGAAAUUUUUGUCCAGACUUGUCUAGAUCAAAAUUUCACUCAAAAGGGGAAAGGUCUAUUGAGAUCGCGUUGUCGUGUUUGCUUCGUCGUUUCUAAAUCUGUCUAAUAAUAGUCCACAACGGCCAUUUACAGGAAAAUGUUGAGCGAGAGAAAAUCAGACGAAAAAGUGGAAAAGAGAGGACAGACUUCAAACAAAAGUGCGUGAUUCAGUUCACUUCACAAAUCACAAUAAGGCCAAAUAAAAAAAAAACUUGGUUAACGUCACACUCUCACAAAUUUUCAGAGGCGGGAGGGCGCUUUUUUAAAAAUUUUUACUCGUUUUUUACUAUUUUUUUAAAUAGUAUUUUUUGAGGGGAUGGGGGCGGUUUUUCCACCAUAUCGGUGAUAUUUUUUGUACUGAUGUUGCGAAGGCCGCCAUUUUGCUAUAAGAACCUUGUAUACCCAACACCACGCGCUCCUAUCGAUCAGUAUAUAGCGCGAUGGUCUGAGCAUGAGAAAAAUUUCAAAUAUUAAACUGUUUUAAGCUGUAAAACGAAGAGAUUUACAUAAAAAAAAUUUAGAAACUUCAGAGGCGGCAGAAAUCGAAAGGCGUGCGGUGACGCUAAACAAGUUUUUUUUUAUUUGGCCUAAUGCAGGUUUGGUUUUGGCCAAACACAACCUAUAUUUGCGCAUUUAUCAGCUGAGUUGCUGAACUAAAAUACAAACUUAUCAAAAGGUUCGAGGUUCAAGAAGCUCAAAAGAUCGCGGAGCAAAGAAGACGCGAAAAACUCGAGGAGAAAAAACUCAGGUAGUUUAUACAAUCAUUUCUUCUUUCGCGCGGGAAACGCAAUGAAAUACUAUAUACAGUUUUAUUUGCAAAGCAUUCAAUAUUUUUAGACAAAAACUUAAAGAAGAAAUUGCACGAGAUCGCGCUGAAAAAGCUUCACAGGUAAACUUUGAAAAAUGGAAGAUUUAGACUCUUGUUCAUCUGUGAACAAUGAAGGCCAUUUCAUACAACUUUGCCUAUACGGACCUAUACGUUAUAACAGUACGUGAGUUUUGUGCUUGAUUUACACAGUACAACUCAAGUUGUAAGCAUGUUGCAUGCCACAGUUUUAGGCAAAAGUUGUAUAGUGUAAAUCGGCGUUGAAAGGAAUUGAGUGUAAAAAUUGUGUACACUAUAUAUUUCAGUCAUCUUCAGCUAAACCCGCAAGUCACGUAACGCCACCCGCAGCUUCGUCAUCAGCAUCAGGGAGCACGCAGUCUGUCUUAAAAGAAUACACAACCUGCAGAUUACAG